AUGUCUUUUCCUCCGCACCCGGCGGGCAUGCAACCAGGUGUGCCCCACGGUCAUCCAGGAAUGCCUCCUAAUGCUCAGCAUAUGGGCCAGCCGAUGCAGAUGCCUGGUGUCUCGGGCCCUGGUGCUCCUCAUAUGGGUCAACCAGCUAUGAUGGGUAUGCAACCCGGCCAGCAGAACAUGCCUCCUGGUAUGGGUCCCGGCCCGGGUGGUGGCAUGAUGCCGCAACAGUCCAUGGGUGGUCCCGGUGCAAACGCCAUGGCCAUGAGCCACCUCAACCCCCAAAGCCACAUGAUGCAGCAGCAUCACCAGAUGCAGCAAGCAAUGGCCAGCAACCCUCAAUUGAUGAUGCAGCAGCAACAACACCUCGCUCGUCAACGGCAGAUGAUGGCAGCGCAACAAGCCCAGCAACAACAACAACAACAGCAGCAGCAACAGCAGCAGCAGAUGAAUGGCAUGGGUAUGGGUAUGGGCAUGAACGGCCAUCCAGGCAUGAGUCCUCAGCAGUUUGCACAGAUGCAGGGAAACCCUGCCUUCCAGAAUGCACAAAUAGCCAAUCUACCGCCCCAGCACAUAAUGCAGCUCCAACAGAUGCGACAGAUUCAGGCUGCUCAAGCACAGCAACACGCGCAACAACAGCAGCAACAGACGCCGCAUCCUCAGGGUCCUCAGGCUCCCGCAACGCCUCAGAUGCAGCAACAGUCAAUGGCCCAACACAUGGCAAUGCAGCAUGCUUCGUCUCAGGCUUCGCACCAGAGCGCCCCUCAGAACAGUCAGGCUCCACCACAGCAGCCGCCGCCAGCUCAGAUGAGGAGUCAGUCGCAGAUUCCAUCUGGUCCUGAAGGUCAAGGACAGGCAUCACAGCACGCUCAACCUCCUCAGCCUCAGCAGCCACAACAACCUCAAGGGCAACCUCAGCAACAGCAGCAGCAGCAGCCCCAGCAGCCGCCUCAACAGCAGCCUCCGCCUCCACAGCCUCCAAGCGCCCAACCCACACCACAAAUGCAGGCACAACCGCUACCUCCACAACCCCCCUCCUCCCAACCUCAGCAGUCUAAUCAGCAAACUCCCCAGCAACCGGGCUCUGGUCAGUCUCAGAAUCAGCCGCAAAAUGCUCAACAGCAACAGCAGGCGCAGCAACAAGCUCAGCAAGCACAGCAGCAGCAACAGAUGACUGCUCAGCAACAGCAGCAGCGCCAGCAGAUGAUGAACAUGAACAAUAUGAACAUGAUGCGUCAGCAGCAAGCAAUGGCUGCUCAACAGCAGCAGCAACAGCAGCAGCAACAGCAGCAGCAGCCGAGUCGCACAAGCAAUGGCCAGUUCAUUCUCAAGCUGAUUCAGUUCUCGGACCAUCUCAGCGCCUACAACUCAACUUCGCGUGAGACGAACUCAUCAGAGCACUGGGCGAACUUCGUGAAUCAGUUCUGGACACCAGACGGCCGGCUCGUACAACAUCUCCUUGACAACACGAAUUCGUCGACCAAACAAUUCAUGAUCAGUGCCUCUUCGCUAGCACGAUACUACUGGACGUGGUUCGACAGUGGUGUGCAAAACAUUCAACUCCAGCUCGAGGGUGUGAGGGAGAUUCCUGCCCCCAACAAUGCUCAUUGGGUGACUUGCACUCGUGCUCGCUACAUUUUCUGGUUUACAAACCACACCCAAUUGAUCUGGCAAGGCAAGCUGACGGCCUCGUUUCCUGCCGGCUUGGACAAGUUCGAAUCGCUCGAGUUCGAAGUGUCCAAGACUGAGGAAUUUGUCCCUCGCAUCGAAAUUACGAAGAUUCUCUCCCAGGGAUCCCCCCUGAUGAAUAAAAGUCCCAAGUUAAGCAGAACACCGGCUAAGAAGGCAAUGCAAAAGGCACAAGGCACUCUUCAGAUCGAAGAUUUCCCAUCCGCCCCUGUCAAUGAAUACGCCGUCACUCCCGCUGUUAUGCAAUACCUUGAGGUUGCGGAAACCAUCUUCUUCAUGAAGGAUUUGAUGGAAUACUCUCAGAAGAACGAACUCCGUCCCCACGACGCCAUGAACCAAAUGGUCGCUCAGAUCGAGGAGCAGCAACAAUUCGGCCAGCCUCAAAACAUGGUCCCGAACCCGAUGCAGCCGAAUCACGCCCAGAUGGCUUUGCAAAGAAACGGCAUUGUUCAGCCAUUGCCUCAGGGUGCUGGCACGCCCAGCCAGGCCCACAUGCAGUUGCCUGGCCAAACGCCCAACUUCUCCUCGCCGUCAGUUCCCCAUAUGAAUUUGCCGAUGCAGCACCUGAACGGGCAACAGAUGAUGGCUAUGAAUGGCUCACCUCACAUUGCACACCCGGGCUUGCCCGGUGGCUCUUUGAUGGCCCCCAACCACAUGAUGGGACAGAUGCAUCACUCCCCGAGCCCGAAUAUGGGCCCGCCAAUGAUGGUGCCGCAGCACUCGCAGCAGGGCAACAAUCCAAACAGUGCGCAUCCGUCCGCAUCGACAAGCCCAAACUUGAGCAGUAAGCGUCGACGCUCUCAAGUCAAACUCGAAGGCGACGAUAUGGGACUAGAAGGUCCACCUUCACAACGCAUGAAGCCUAGUCCAGGCCUCAAGAAGAAGUGA